AUGGCAAGAGGGCGCUGCGUUGAUGCAACUCAUUGUGUCCUCAUUGCCAUUCUUGUUGUUGCAACUACCGUUAGCUCCGACGAUACAACACCAAUACCAGCCGAUGAUUCUAAAGUAAGUAAUUGGUUCCAAACUAAUGUUAAGCCUUGGAAAAGUCGUAAAGGCACCUUAGAUCCUGCUCUUGAAGCUGCUGAGGCCAAAUCCAAAAUAAUUACGGUAUCAAAAGAUGGAAAAGGAAAGUUCAAGACCGUUACUGAUGCGAUUAAAAGUAUUCCAUCACAAAACAAAGAACGUGUAAUUAUAAAAAUUGGUCCUGGAGUCCACAACGAGAAGAUUGAAAUUGAAAAAACUAAGCCUUUUAUUACAUUUCUGGGAGAUCCUAAAGCCAUGCCCACCUUGGCAUUUGGUGGCACCGCUCGUAAAUAUGGAACUCAUUAUAGUGGUACUGUAACUAUAGAUUCUGAUUAUUUCAUGGGGGUUAAUAUUAUUUUUCAGAAUACUGCACCAGAACCCGAAUCGAACAAGCCUGGAGGUCAGGCAGUUGCAUUAAGAAUUAAUGGUGACAAGGCAGCUUUCUAUAACUGCAAAUUUCUUGGAUUUCAAGACACAUUAUGUGAUGAUAGAGGACACCAUUUUUAUAGAAAUUGUUACAUUGAAGGCACUGUUGAUUUUAUUUUCGGAAGAGGAAGAUCACUUUAUUUGGAAUCACAACUAAAUGUAGUAGAUAACAAGGAUUUGACAUUCAUCACAGCACAAGGAAAGGAGCAAAAAUCAGAAAAUUUUGGUUACUCAUUUGUACAAUGCAAAAUAACUGGAAGUGGAUCGGGAUCAUUUCUGGGACGAGCAUGGAGGAAGAUGCCUGAGGUGACCUUCUCUUAUACUGAAAUGGGUGCUGUUGUUAAUCCUCUUGGAUGGUCAGAUAAUAGGCAACCUGACAGGGACAGUACGGUUUUCUUUGCGGAAUAUAAGAAUUCAGGACCUGGAUCAAAUCCUAAAGGACGUGUUAAAUUCACCAAGCAGCUAAAUAAAGCAGAGGCUACAGCCAAAAACUUUCUCUCUCUUGGCUAUAUUCAGGGUUCUAAAUGGUUGCUUCCACCUCCAAAGUAA